CAGUCCUAAUUACGCAACACACGAUCAAGGACAAGUUAUUGUUGUUAUUAUUAUUAUUAUUAUUAUUAUUAUUAUUAUUAUUAUUAUUAUUAGUGCAGUGUUUGAGGGUCGGGUUUUUUUUUUUCUGAUCAUCGACUCACUUUUUUUUUUUUUUCCCAACUCAACCCCCAGGAGUUUGCGCUUCCCCUUUAACUGGAGCAGAGAAGAAUGAAAGAGGAGUGAAGCGGGAUCAUGGCGGCUCCGCUCGGCCGGGACACUCUACCGGGCCACUGGUCCUACGGGGUGUGCAGGGAUGGACGGGUGUUCUUCAUCAACGACCAAACUCGCAGCACCACCUGGCUCCAUCCCCGCACAGGAGAACCUGUCAACUCGGGCCACAUGAUCCGAUCAGAUUUACCGCGGGGAUGGGAGGAAGGAUUCACAGCAGAAGGCGCGAGUUACUUCAUCAACCACAACCAGAGAACCACGGCGUUCCGGCAUCCUGUGACGGGUCAGAUCUCUCCGGACAACACGGAUUUCAUCGUGCAGGAUCUAGGGAAUUCCCACAUGUCGAAGCCACCGUCCGAGCCAAGACCCUCCAGCAUGGUCAGCGAGUCCUCCGUGGCCAUCACCUCAUCCACCGUGGACACUCCUGCGGGACUCAAGUCUUUAAAGUCCAGUGGUCGAGUGCACAGCUUUGGAAAGAGAGAUCACUCCAUCAAGAGGAACCCGAACGUCCCUGUGGUGGUGAGAGGAUGGCUCUACAAGCAGGACAGCUCGGGAAUGAGGCUGUGGAAGAGGAAGUGGUUCGUGUUGUCGGAUUACUGCCUCUUUUAUUAUAAAGACAGUCGAGAGGAGACGGUUUUGGGAAGCAUCCCACUGCCGAGCUACGUCAUCUCCCCGGUGGAGCCUGAAGACCACAUUAGCCGCAAGUUCGCCUUUAAGGCAAGUCACACAGGCAUGCGCUCGUACAUUUACAGUAAGAACUCUGUGAUUGGCUCGCAGGCCGAGCAUGGCGGCAUGAGGACCUACUUCUUCAGUGCAGACACGCAGGAGGACAUGAACGGCUGGAUCCGAGCCAUGAACCAAGCGGCGCUCAUGCAGAGCCACAGCUUAAAGAGAGAAACUCCCAAACCUGAGCAACAGGCCGUGCCACAGACCAAUCACAUCCCAGCCAGCAGUAACAGCACCACCCACGCUGAGGUCCUGCACCAAUCAGGAUGGACGGAGGUGAUUGAACGAGAGCCCAGACACGAGCAGGAGGUUGAAGCACGCCUGGAGGUCCCGGUCAAAGUGGUCUACACAGGAGAUGGAGAUGCAAACGGUGUUUCUCUGGAAUCUGGAGCUCCAUCUCGAACCACGCCGUCCGUAGCUGCUCAGAGGAACGGCGUGCACAGCGAGCAGAAUGGGGGCGUGGUGUAUCAGAGGGGUCUCGCACCCUGGACCGACACGGAGAAACACGUGCAGAGGAAGACGGCACUGGCGCAGGUGGAGCACUGGGUCAAAGUUCAGAAAGGAGAACCUAAAAGCCAUCCUGUUUCGGAGUACACUCUCCCCAGACGUACUCCUCCCCUCCAACCCAAGCUGGUUAUGAAUGAGUCCUACCAGUCUCUCCCGAAGAGCACCCGUCGUCCGUCCGCCAGCUCGCCCCCGGUGCCCCGCGACCUGCCCAGUGACUACAAGUACGCCCACGACCGUCUUAGCCACUUCCGCAUGUCCACAGACGAACGGAUCGCCGCUAAAGAGGGCAUGGUGUGGCAGCUUUACGAGUGGCAGCAGAGGCAGCGUUUCCGUCACGGGGGUCCCAUGGUGCCACCCGUCUUCACUGUACCUGACUAUGUGGACUCGUCCUCCUUUAGGGUGAUGCUGGAGGUCCCGCGCUCGGUCUCCGUUCCGCCUUCACCAUGCGAAGUACCGCCCUCCAAACUGGCAUUGCCCCGUAGACCUCACACCCCCGCAGACAGGGUGACGGUGCGACCCAUCGAUGAAGUCUCAAGUGUGGACAUGGUCCGCUCCACCUCUCCGAGGGCAGUGUCCAAGCCGGUAUCAAUAGACAGAAGAUCGAUGCCGACGAUGGGCUACAUCACACACACCGUCAGUGCUCCGAGCUUACACGGAAAAACGGCAGAUGAUACGUACAUGCAGCUGAAGAAGGACCUGGAGUAUCUUGACCUGAAGGUCACCGGACGGGACAUGCUGAAGGACAGUAGACCUCCACGGCCGGUCAAAAUCGCCGAAAGCGACGCUGACGUGAAGCUGAGCAGAUUGUGUGAACAAGACAAAAUCCUUCAGGAGCUGGAGAUGAAGAUCCGCACGCUCAAAGAGGACAAGGAUAAGUUGGAGUCAGUUCUGGAUGUGUCCCGUCAGCAGAUGGAACAGUACCGGGAUCAGCCGGCCCAUGCUGAGAAAAUCGCCUACCAGCAGAGACUGCUGCAGGAGGAUGUCGUGCACAUCAGGGCUGAUAUUUCCCAAGUGUCCACGGAGAUGGAGAAGGCGUGGACGGAAUACAGCAGGUUGGAGGCGGAUGUGGAGAGAUUGCGAUCGGCGUUGCAGGAGCAGAUGAACCGCAGCAGCCUCUCGCAGCAGGAGAAAGGCCAACUGAGGAAGGAGCUGUGGCGCAUCGAGGAUGUGAUGGCGGGUCUGAGCGCGAGCAAAGCGAACUACAAAAUGAUCGUUGACUCCGUGCAGAACCCAGGUGAGCGCAGGGCAGCCCCCCUGGUCAUCGCCCCCACACACCGGAGCCACGCCCAAGAGAGGAAACUCGUGCCUUCAGCGUUGUCUCCAUCUGUGCCUUCUAUCCUGGUGGGAGAACCGAAACCAGCCCAGUCGAGUCCUCACCUCAGUCCAGUGCAGCCCGGCGUUCAGACCUUUCAGUUCUCACAAAGUCUCCACAAGCCAGUGUGGGCUGAAGAAGAUGCUCCACCCAGACCUCCCCUCCCCCACCUCUACAGUCCAGAUGACCAACCUCCGGCCGUCCCACCCCUUCCCAAAGAGACCUCCGUCAUCCGCCACACAUCCGUCCGCGGCCUCAAGCGCCAAUCUGACGAGCGUAAACGUGACCGUGAGAUUGGACAGUACCCCAACGGAGAGAAGGUGGAACUGCGGACGUUCCUCAGUGAACCUGAACUUCUGGGAGUCAUGGGACACAUGAGUGGUUUGGGGCAAGAUGGAGGCUACCAGACCUUACCAAGCAGAGGUGUCACAGGUUCUUCAUCUAGACUCCAUCCGUACAUGAACAUUUCCUCAUACGUCACCCUGCGGAGAGGAACCGACACGUCCAGCUUUAAGGAGAGACCAAAGAGUGCCUUGGAGCGUCUGUACUCCUCCGAAGCGCCGCUGCAGCACCAGCAGCUGCAGCAGCAGCGAGGUCGCAUGAGCGCUGAUGAGCAGCUGGAGAGGAUGAAACGCCACCAGAAGGCACUGGUGCGAGAACGCAAGCGCACACUGAGCCAGGGCGAGCGCCAGGCCUCUUCAUCUCGCCCUCCUUCCUCUUCCUCACGGCCCGUUUCCGCAGACCUGGGAUCAUGGAGGCGUGAGCAGGAGUUUGAUUUGCAGUUGCUGGAUCGAGCCGUACAGGGUGAGGAGAAGGAGAGGUUGAAGGCGUUGGAGUGUACAGAGAGGCUGCGCUCACAUUCAGACGAGUGGAUCACGCUUCACGUGAGCCCUCGGCGAGAACUCGACCUCGAACCACUCGACUAUGAGCUGGACCUCAGCAAGGAGCUGUCGAAGCCGGAUAAGGUUCUCAUCCCCGAGCGAUAUUUGGACCUGGACCCCGAAGAGCCGCUCAGUCCUCAGGAGAUGGAGGCGCGACACCACAAAGUGGAACGCAUAAAGAGCAUCCUGUCCAAGUCCAGCAUACAGAACAUUCCGGGUGCAGAGAAGCCGGUGCUGUCGGAACUGGACUCGGCUCUUCAGGAUCAAGAGAGGAUCAUCACCAUGUCCUACGCUUUGGCCUCUGAGGCUUCAGUCAAGAGCAAGCAGGUGGCAGUUUCUCCACAGGUUAACAGUCCCACCAUGCUUCCUCCUCCUCCUCCUCCUCCUCUUCCUCCUUCUGCUGUCGCUCCUGUCGUCUCCUCCCCUCCUCCUCCCCCUCCUCCUCUGAGCAAUGGAUUUCACUACACCUUUGUCUAAUCAGAGCAAACAAAAACAGAGCGAGGGAGGAGAACUUUUAUCUCCCUCUACACUACAGUAAGCCAAAGCCGUGUCCGGUCAUUGAGGUGCUAUCACACGACCCUGACUCGCUCUCCCUUCGUUCUUUUAACAGUUGACGAACUGAAAAGCUCGGAGCGUCCAUUUUUUUUCUAUCCAUCCUCUGAUUCAUAGACGAGACAGACAUCCACGUGCUUUUGGACUGGUGCUCCAGAAUAUCAGUGAGGUGGGGGGGAGACUUGCCUGUGAAGAGUGUUUUGCUGUGGAAGCUGCUGUGAUAGCAAAAGCUGAACAUGUCUAACAGAGAUAAUAGUGUGAUAGAAAAGAAAAAUCAUUUGCACUUUUGUACUCAUGCACUGUAUCAUAGAGCAAAAUAGAGAAAACAUUUUUUAGUCUUCAUCAAGGCUCUCAAGGAUGAAGAUGAUGAGAAUCUGUUGAAGGUUUAGAAAGCAGGAAGUGUUACACUUUAGCAGGACAGAUGUUGGUACAGAUGUUACGAUGAUGAUGAUGAUGAUUGUAUUUUUGUUGACUGAGAUGCUAUUCUUACACCAAAAUCACAAAAUAUUAUUUUUUUUGUAAUCUAGUGUAUCUAGCACUGCCAGGUUCCACAUAGCUUGCUAAAUAAGCUUUAUUUUUGCGGACACAUGUUUGUUGGUUUAUUUGUCGGAUUAACAAUAUUUUUCUUGUCAGAAAUCUCACAAGAGGAGAGGGAGGAAGGAAGGGAGGGAGGGUAAACAGCAUCCUUGUUUUUUUUUUGUUUUUUUUUAAGAAAAUGAUGUAAAUAUUAAAAAAAAAUUAACAAAUCA